AAGUCUCGAUGGACAAGCCCGGCAAAGAGCGUAACCUGGCACGGCCUGCGAGCGUCGCGCCGCUACAGACCCAGACAAGUCUGAACCGCGUUGCUCUCAGCCGAUGCGUGUCGUCGCCAGCUAACAAGGUCGUCGCCAAGAGCAAUCUCUUUGGCGGCGCCGACGCCAAGGCCGCGCGCCUCGGCGAAUUCGGGCGUCAGAAUCCGUUCGAGACGGACUUCACCGAGCACGAGCUUGUCGCUCAAGGAGGGUUUGGAAAAGUCUACAAGUGCAAGUCCAAGGUCGACGGCCGCGCAUACGCGAUCAAGAUCCAGCAAUUCAAGUUCACGCCCCGAUCCAUCUUUCAGCCGACCGAAAUCAAGGAGAAAAUCCUACGGGAAGUGCAUUUGCUUGCGAGUCUGGACCACGAAAACGUGUGUCGAUACUUCAAUACGUGGAUCCUUGGCACGGUCGUCACUGGGUCGUCACCGCCCACACGUCCGUCGACGCAGCGGUCGGAAGGCGACGAAGACAGCUCGUUCUUGAGCUGGGACGAAGACGAUACGAACGCGUCCCUGGACCGAGUCGAGUUUGAGCGCACUACGUCGUCCACGGCAAGCGAAGAUGAUGUGUCGCCGCCACGACCGCCACGUCGCCUGCCGGUCACGCUCCAAAUGGAUGUGUACAUCCAAAUGGCGUUGUACAAGGGCAACUCGCUGCAGCACUGGCUGCAGGAACGCAAGUCGAUCGACGUGCAAGCCAACUUUGCGAUCUUCAACCAACUUGUUGCUGGUCUCCAGUACAUUCACAGCCAAGGUCUUGUGCACCGCGACAUCAAGCCCGCCAACGUCUUCCUCACCGAAGGCGCGUGCGUCAAGAUCGGCGAUUUUGGCUUGGCGACGCGCGAGUCGGCGACCUUGGCCCAAGAUACCGGUGUGGGUACGCCGCUGUACGCGAGUCCGGAGCAGAUUCGCGGCGACGUCGUCUGCGAUGCGUCCACCGACCUCUACAGCCUCGGACUCGUGCUCUGUGAGCUCUUUUGCGUGUUUGAAACGCAAAUGGAGAAGUACGUGACGCUCAUGCAGGCGCGCGAUGGCAUCUUGCCGCCCACGAUGCACAUGACGGCGCGAAACCUUGUCUUGCAGCUGGUCCAGGCUGACCCCAAAGCGCGCCCAACGUGCGCAGCAAUUGAAGAAAUGGUUGAGCUACUGCCGUACGGCGGCUCUCAGAUAGCGAUCCGCUCGCGGCGCGCCUCCCGCGCCAUGAGCUGCGUGUACGAGUCUGACUCGGAAAGCGGGGACAUUGGCAUAUAUGGUGUUAUCGCGCAACUGGAAGCGCUCGAGGCCAAGAGCGCCGAAGUGUUGCGUUGCCUGCCGACGACGGCCGACGUCGUUGAGCUCCAGGCUCAGAGCGCCGAACGGUCGCGGCUCCUCGCUCGCCUCCAAGAGAUCGCGGCCCGUUAGCAUGCCUUUUCAAGAUAUAAUUUGAAGUUUCG